GGGGGUGCCUCCGAAGAAACAGGCCCAGGAAUAUGUCCGAAAGUGCUCUCAGCCCUCUUCCGGCUCCUGCUGCUGUUCAGUGGGGUGGCUUCUGUGACAUUUCAACAUCAUCGUUAUGAUGAUCUCAUGCGGACCUUAUAUAAGGUACAUAACGAGUGCCCCCACAUCACCAGAGUUUACAGCAUUGGACGCAGUGUCAAGGGAAGACAUCUCUAUGCCCUGGAAUUCAGUGACUUCCCUGGAAUGCACGAGCUCUUGGAGCCAGAAUUUAAGUAUAUUGGAAACAUGCAUGGGAAUGAAGUGCUGGGGAGAGAACUGCUGAUCCAACUUUGCGAGUUCCUGUGUGAAGAGUACCGCCAGAGGAAUGAACGCAUUGUGCGGCUGAUUCACAACACAAGGAUUCACAUCCUGCCUUCCAUGAACCCAGAUGGUUAUGAAGUAGCUGCAGACCAGGGCCCAGACACCAACGGAUAUCUUACUGGCCGGAACAAUGCCAAUGGAGUAGACCUAAAUCGAAACUUUCCAGAUCUUAACACCUACAUGUACUACAAUGAGAAGAGUGGGGGACCCAACCACCACAUACCCCUUCCAGACAACUGGAAAAAUCAGGUGGAACCAGAGACUGCAGCUAUUAUAUUGUGGAUGGAAUCCAUCAACUUUGUUCUUUCUGCCAAUCUUCAUGGAGGUGCAGUCGUAGCCAAUUACCCAUAUGACAAGUCCCGUGAGCAUCGGGUUCGGGGUUUCCGUCGUACUGCCGAUACUCCCACUCCAGAUGAUAAGCUUUUCAGAAAGCUGGCCAAAGGCUAUUCCUAUGCACAUGGAUGGAUGCACCUGGGCUGGAACUGUGGCGAUUACUUUCCUGAUGGCAUCACCAAUGGGGCUUCCUGGUAUUCUGUCAGCAAGGGAAUGCAAGACUUCAAUUACCUCCAUACGAACUGCUUUGAUAUCACUCUGGAAUUGAGUUGCAAUAAGUUUCCACGCCAGGAGGAGCUGCAAAGGGAGUGGCUUGGCAACCGGGAGGCAUUGAUUAGUUUCCUGGAAGAGGUUCACCAUGGCAUCAAGGGAAUGAUAUUCGAUGAAAAUAACAAUGGCAUCGCAGGAGCAGUAAUUUCUAUUAAUGGGAUAUCUCAUGAUGUCACUUCAGGUAAACAGGGUGAUUACUUCCGGCUGCUACUACCAGGUACUUACACUGUCACUGCCACAGCACCUGGGUAUGGAUCAGAGACAGUGACGGUGACAGUUGGACCUGCAGAGCCAAAGCAGGUUAACUUUCAGCUCAGCAUAGACACCACUAAAGAAUCCACUGAGCAAAAAGCCCCUGUUAAAGCUCCCAGUGGCAAAACCCUCCUAAAGAAGACGGCAUCCCGAGAAGUUGGCAAAGAGACACGGAGAGGCAGGCCCUGAUAGUGCAGCAGGGCUCAGCUCACUCCUGCCUUAAAACCAGAGUCAUCCAGACCAGGAUGAGAAAAGAGGCCGAGAGGCACACUUGAUGAGAGCCCAAUCUGCCUGAUAUUAAAUAAGAUGGAGCUAUCUAUUUUGUUACCUGUGAGGUAUUUAAAUACAAAACUGAUUCAGGAAAAAAUA